AGUCGGCAGGCUCAUCGACUGAUCUCGAUCGUAGAAGAAGCAGAAGAGGCCAAAACGUCCCUCAUUCUCUUGUACCUGGACUUUGCGAACUUCUUUAACAAUGUGGCGAUCGAGGUGGUCGAGCAGGCAAUGAACAGCCUAGGCUUCCAUCCUGAAGACAUUAGAACUGUGAUAGCCUCUAAUAAUCGGGCUGCCACAAGGUGGAGCAAGUAGCCCACAACUGGCCAACUUGGUGCUGUCCUUCGCCGAUGACAUGGUACUCAUCGCACACACGAUGAAAGAAAUGCGAGAGUUGGUAGCAGUGGUGGAUUCCAGCUUCGACUAUGCUCGCAAGGGAGAGGUUCCUGGUGCGAACAAAAUAACGGUCAUGGGGGAACCUGUCGAAGCCCUACCGGCUACUAAACCGUUCAAAUAUCUCGGCUAUCGCAUCUCUCUGUGGAAGGAAGAAAGACGAAGAAUAAAGGGCUGCCCUUUCACUUGGGGAGAACGAGCAUACGUCUUUGAAAAAACCAAAGAACUGGUGAAAGUUGGAAUUCUCAACGUCUUUCGCUACUCCGCAGUCAUGACUGGAUGGACUUGGCGAGACCUGCCAACAGAGAAUGGAGGGCUGCAGGUCCCUCAUCCUGCCCCAAUCCUAGGGAGAGCAGCGUUACGAUACAUCGAACGAGAAGUGAAUAGUAAGCAUGGUGGAGACAUCCAAGAUAGACUGAUAUCUAAACUCAGAAACUCGUGCGUAAAAUGGGGGUGUCAAACAAUGCUUGAGCUCCAAAGAGAAAUGAAUUUUCGAACUAUGGAGCGGGAUGUGGUGCGGGGACCCGAAGCUUUAGCAGUCUGGCUGGCGGAAAAACUGGAAGCAUCUCCCUCCUUCAUAGGAUGGAGGAUAUGGUGGCAAACUUGAACGACUGUAACAGACCACAGGGCUGGACGAACUUCCAAGCCUUAUGGAGGCAACUCCCGAAACUCCAAUUCUCCUUGCUACGCAAUGUACGACCUAUCGCGGACGAAGAACUGCAUUUGCCAAGGAAGCUCUGGCCUUUCCCAAGGCAACGCGAGGAGGCGGAGGGGAUCGUAAUGCAAUUGCUUCCCUUCGCUCGGCGCCAUUUGCGAGGAAAGAAGAUGAAGAUGGCGCCAAGAACCCAGAGAAGACAGAGAUCCUA